ACUACCACAACAAACAUGGCGGUGCAGACACUUACUCAGCGUGGCAAAUUAUUUCCUUUAAUAUGGAAUUUAACGUCCUUAUCGUAUUCAAAAUAUGCCUGUAAUUUAGAGUUGUGUCAGUCUAUAGAUAUACGUAAGCAAGAGAAUUGGAAAUUUAAUUCUAACGCUGUUGUGAUGAAGUUAUGUAGACCCCUAUCAAAGUUUCCUAGCCCGGUGAAGUUCUGUAGUACAAGUAUAUUAAUUAAAUGUUGGAACUGUGACACUAUACAGGCACAGUACAUUCCGUUUUGUAAUAAAUGUAACAGCUUGCAACCACUAGAUUAUAAAUUGAAUUAUUAUGAAAUACUUGGAAUUGAAGAGGCAUUUAAUAUAGAUAGGAAGGUUUUAGCCAAGACUUUUAAGAAACUUCAAGUUCAAUUUCAUCCGGAUAAACAUUCUUUGAAGACAGAGAAAGAACAGCAGUUGGCAAUGGAAUAUUCAUCAGCAAUUAACAAGGCUUAUCGUUGUCUGAAUCAUCCAGUGGAACGUGCUCUGUAUCUGCUAGAUCUUGCUGGACAGUCUCUUCAUGAAGGACAGCUUGACAUGGACCCAAAAUUUCUUUUGGAAAUAAUGGAGGUAAAUGAAAAAUUAGCUGAAGCAGACAACAAAGAUACUGUCCAAGCUAUCGGUCAACACAACCAAGAAAUACUAGAUGGACUCCUUAGAGAAGCUGAUGUUGCUUUUUCUGCAAAUGACAUAGAAACAGCAAGAAAGGUAGUUGCCAAGAUCAAGUAUUAUAACAACAUUUAUGAAAAAGUGCGACAGUUUGAGAGAGAACAUGGAAUCAUUGAUUAACUUGUUGCAUUUAGUCUUUUUGGUUUUGUUUACAUUAAGAUAACAAAAUUAUGUUAAUACUGUAUAUAAUUUGUAGAAAAUGCAUUGAAGAUGACAGUUUUUUUUAUAUUGUGUAUUUUAAAAAAUGAUAAACAAUGAAGAUUUGUAUGGUCAACAAUGCCUUUGAGUGACCUGUAAGAUAUGACCAUUGCCAAGUGCCCCUUGGACACAGCCUGUCAGUGUUCAGGUGUGUCUUUUCCAGGUGGCAGUAUUUGCUCAUAAUAAACCCACUCAAUGUAUUGGGCC